UAUAUUUGAACGGUAGUACUUAAGGCGUGAAUGAAAGGCACAUUCAUAACAACCGUGAAAAAAGCUAUUAAGAAUACCGUUGCGUUUGAAAAUAUAUAAAAUGGUGCGUAAAGUUCUUAAAGGUGGUGUUUCCACAGGAAAUACUGUACGAUCAAAUCCAUCCAGACAUUAUGCAUCUCAAUCAGGAAUAACGUUUUUGACAUCAGAGACCACCAGUGCUCAUAUAAAACAAGAGUUUGAGGAAGCAAAUUUCCUGGGCUUCGAUGGAAUCUUCUAUUCUCUAAAUAAGAAAGGAAGAUGGUUACUUCCAGAAUUAAUCAAAGAAGAAAUAGAGACCAGUUUAACGAAGCUAAAGUGCAGUGUUGCCUUAAUCGAAUCACACAAACUUAACAAAGAAAACAAUUGCCUUGGAUAUUAUACUAAUAAAGGUAGGACAAAGACAGUAAUCCCAAAGAAAGGUAAAUAUAUAAAUAGACCGAACGAAAAGAAAUUAAAUGGUGCUCAAAAUAAAACCGAGAGCAAAAAGCGCAGAAGAUUAAGGGGAAAUAACUCUGGCCAAGAAGAGCAGACGACAGUCGAUGCAGACGUUCCUUUGCUUGUGUACGACGUUGUUUAUCCAUGCCCAGCACACAGUUCUAUUGUCUCAAAUCCAAAAUUCAUAAAAAACGAAUCUGACCAUAGUUUAAUAAAACACAAAAUUAAACACUGCAGAAACCAACGAAGGUUUCUGGAGGACAUUACCUCAGUGGAAGAUGAAUUAGAGUUCAUCCAGGACGUGUCUGAUGCUGAUGAUGCAGUUUCUUAUGAAGACGAAAUAUACAUGAACACCGGAACGAGGUCCGAAAUCUGUGAUUUCCUUACACACUCUCUUGAUCGGAACGUUAACAUUGAUAAAUCCAAGCAACGAAAAUUACGAAGUGGGCUUAAAUGCCAAAAGAAAACUAAUGAUGAGGGACGAUUGAAACAUUUGAAGCGUAGGCCUAUACGUGUAGAAUAUACCCCUAAUUUAUCUGUAUUUGAUGCCGAAAAUGAAUCCAUAGAAAUCAACAUACCCAAUUUACCAAGCCCAGAAUAUAUCCCUGUCGAUAUCAUUCUUCCGAAACAUCAGGUUGAAAGCUGCUACCUCUUGGAACACUUUCCAAAAGUUGUCUUUGCGGAAUGCAGUCCUAGAAAAUUUAUAAUUGACAUUACCGAAGGCAUCAAAGAACAACUCAAACAUACCAAACCUUUUAAAAGAACAAUCUUACAAAAAUUUGACUUAACGUCUUUCGUAGUUUUUGCGUUUAAGAAAAUCUAUGAUGACCAUCAUGAUAUCUACAGCGUCCAUUUGAACAUCCCAACCCAUACCUCAACAGUGCGCAUCGAAACUUUAUUCGACAUGAUGUUAACCGAUAUGGAUGAUGUACUGAACCGCUGUGUCCUUUAUUUUGAAACCAUGUCACCAGAGUCAUUCCACACAAAAGACAUCUUAGAUUUAACCUACACCCCCCUUGUCCAAUAUGAUAUUAUUCGACCUUUUGUUCAGAAGACAGUCAACUGUGUUUAUCCAGAAUCUAUGGUUCUUACAGAAAGGUCUUACGAUGUUGAUGCUGUUGAUUUUGAAUGGAUAAUGAUAGAUGAUGACCAAGAAGAACGCUGCUGUAACAUAUGCUUUGAAGAUAUAUCUUCGAACUCCACACUUUCAUCUACAUCACUUCGCUGCUGCGGUCAUUGGUUCUGCGAUGGUUGUUGGAGAGAACACCUUCUUAACAAUUUUAGAGCUGGCCUCCAGAAAUGCUUGUGUCCCGAAUAUGACUGUGAUAAAGAAGUGGAUGAUUGGACCAUGGUCACCUUAGUAAAUAUUAGAGAUAUAAAACGAAGACAAACAAGAAAUAUCACGGUUAACUUGACUACUUCAAACUCCUCUAAGUGGUGCCCCAACAAAAGAUGUGGGCGAAUCAUACAAAACCUUAGCUGCUCUGGUUCAACCAUUCUCUGUAAAUGUGGAAUUGAAGUUUGUUUUAAUUGCAUGAGAGAAGGACAUUGGCCUGCUACGUGUGAACAGUUUUCGACAUAUGAAAGAAAAUUAAGGGCUUACAACGGCAUCGACUGUACCACUAUACCUGUUGUGAGGGUAAGAGGGAAACAUUGUCCGCAAUGCAAUAAUUUUAUUGUGAAGAACGGUGGCUGUCCAAAUAUGAUGUGCAUCUGUGGCACAUGUUUCUGUUGGUCCUGUGGUAGGAAAUCUAGUGAGCAUAGAAUGUACUGUAAACCAAGUGGUCGAAAUCUCGGCACGGUUUUGCGGGACGUGCGUCAUAUUGAGAGAGAGCUUGCAGGGGCUGAACCAAAGAGUAAUAUGUAUAUGAUGGCUGUAAAAUGUCGAAUGUACAGACGCCCAUCACAUAUAAAGGGAUUUAAAAAGAAAUCAGAACAGUUUAAAUCACGUAUAAAGAGCUGGUUAAAAAAGCAAAAUAACGAAACUUUAGGCAUGAAUUCUAUUGAUGAUCUGUUUACUGAUAUUGUAAACAUUAAAACUGAACUGAAUUUUGUAUCAGAAUUUUGCUUCGUUGCUGCAGCUUGUGAAGAGAAUAAGAACAUAUUAAAAUGCUUUCAACGCGCGGCCUCACGAUUACAAACAUUAGGCGAUAACAUAAGCGACUCUUUAGUUAUUAGCAUUUCCCCCGAUUUUAGGAAGAUGCUUUCUGAAUUAAUGUCCCUUAGAGACAGGUCGAGGACAGCCAUCUUAUCUGUGGUUACUUUAAUGUCCAGAAUACAGAGAAAUAGCGUAAGUGCACAGCAGCACUGAAUUCUACCGGUAUUUAAACACUCCAAAAAUUGAAUUGGAUACUUUUUAGCAUGAGCAUGAUAAUUAUUGUUAGCCUGAAUUUUGAAACAAAAUGACUGUAUCUUUUUUUGUGUGCUAUGGCGUUGUUGACUGGAAUACAUCUUUUAUAAUCUAAUGUCUAAAACAAAUAACAAUAAUGUACAUGCAGAUCCACAAGGGGACUGACUGCUAUGUAGAUACGAAUUGGAUUGGAUACUUUCCAUGUUUGCCCAUGAUAAUUAGUGUUAACUUAAAUUUACUAAAAAUUACUUCACCGUUUUGUGUGUGAAUAGUUGAACUGCUUCUUAUCGCAUUCCAGGAUGUCUCCGUAAUAAAAAUGGAUAUUAUAUGAAAA